ACGCUCGCACCGGACGUUGUUGGUGUAGUUCGCUCACUGCAGAUAUGUCCUGAAUAGAACCCAAUGAAUGGAUGUUUAGUCACUGUGAGCCACAUUUGUUCACCUCUGGUCAAGAUGACAUGAAGCUUUAGGUUUAUCGCCACCGUUCCCUCAGCUGUUACCAUGGCAGCGAGAAUGAAGCUGAAGCUGAAGACUGUGUUUGUGCUCUACUUCAUGGUGUCCCUGAUGGGUCUGAUCUAUGCACUGAUGCAGCUCGGCCAGCACUGCGACUGCUCAGAGCAUGACUUGCCAAAAGAUCGUGCCAUAUCCAGGCUGCAGGAGGAGCUCUACCGCCUCCAGGGCCAGAUAAGGCAGUUGGAGAAGCUGAAGCAACCGGAGAAGCAACCUCCCAAGUCCUCCCUGCCCACUAUCUUUGUCAUCACUCCCACAUAUGCCAGGCUGGUGCAGAAGGCUGAGCUGACCCGUCUGUCCCAGACUUUCCUCCACAUCCCUCGGCUGCAUUGGAUCGUGGUGGAGGACUCGCAGCACAAGACGGCACUUGUUACCAACUUCCUGAUGAAGAGCGGCCUGACCUACACCCACUUGCACAUACCCACUGCAAAGGAGCGCAAACUUCAGGAGGGUGAUCCCAGCUGGCUGAAACCCCGCGGCGUUGAGCAAAGAAACGAAGGGCUGCGGUGGCUCAGAGAAGACCGAAAGACUCAGACAGGGGCGGAUGAUCAGCAGGGUGUGGUUUACUUCGCAGACGAUGAUAACACGUAUAGCCUACAGCUGUUUGAAGAGAUGAGGAACACUCAGCGCGUUUCUGUGUGGCCAGUAGGUUUGGUUGGUGGGAUGAAAUUUGAGAGCCCUGUGGUUGAAGGAGGGAAGGUGGUUCGCUUCCAUACCGGCUGGCGGCCCAGUCGGCCCUUCCCAAUGGACAUGGCUGGCUUUGCUGUGUCCCUUAAACUGGUCCUGGCCAAUCCAGAUGCUUGCUUUGACGGAGAAGCACCCAUGGGUUUCCUGGAAAGCAGCCUCCUCAAAGGUCUGGUCACAAUGGAUGAGCUGGAGCCCAAAGCAGACAACUGCACAAAAGUGCUGGUUUGGCACACCCGGACAGAGAAACCGAAGAUGAAGAGGGAGGAGGCGCUGCAGGUGCAGGGACUGGGCUCAGAUCCCGCUGUGGAAGUCUGAGCAUCUAAACACCAACAGAAGCAUUAAAAGGAAUCCCCUUA